AAGCACAUCUCUCUCAUCGAGCGAUAAUGAAUUAUCUAAAUGUAAAUCUAUUCAAGUUUUAAAAGCUCAUUUUUUGUGGCCUAAAAAUAAUUUUCUGAAAUAACCGAAUAUUAUUUUUACUUUUACUUAUUUUUUUAAAAGCAUUCAAUCAAUUAAAAAGAUUUGAACAGAAAUGGAAUUAAGCGUCUAUCUAAUUCUGCUUACCGGAUCAGUGCUGAGACUUCUACUUUUCGAUACGGACAUUGCCGUUUGGCUGUCAGAUCGUAACGAACUUUCUACGCCUGUUACCAGUUGGAAACGUCUGACGGAGGGACUGACUCUGACGAGACUUGGGAUUUCCCCGUACGAUGGAGACGUUUACCAUGAAGCUCCCCUAACUCUGGCAUUCUGGGACAAAAUGGAUCAACUAUUUGGAUCAUCAAUUAAAUAUUUAUUCAUAAUUUCUGAUUUUCUAAUUGGUGUUUUGCUUUAUAAAAUAGGUACACUGUUUGCUUCUCAAGUCCUAAAUGAGCAAAACAAAGAAGCAGCAACAUACCAUCCAACAGCCAUAGAAAUAAUCAUAAAAAAUGAAACAGUAAGAACGAACAGACUGUACACAGUGGCUGCCUACAUGUUGAAUCCCAUCUGCAUAGCUUCCUGUGUAGCUAGGAGCACUGGCAUACUCAACAAUCUUGCCAUUGUGUUAAGCUUCCAUUCAGCUUUGAGAAGGAAUCGUUUGUGGAUGUGCAUCUCCAUAGCUGGGGCCACUUAUUUAUCUUUGUACCCCAUUGUCCUGCUGAUACCACUGACAAUAUAUUUAUCAAGGAAAGAUGAAGAAGAAACAAAGACAAUUAAACACAUCAAGAUAUAUUCAUUCUUUCAAAGUUUAAUUGCCUGCAUAAGUUUCUUUGGAAUUUUGUUAUACUUUUCACAUCAAAUUGAAGGAAAUUGGAAAUUUCUGCACUGUACAUUUGGGUUCAUCCUGAAUGCCCCUGACCACAGCCCCAACUAUGGUAUAUUCUGGUACUUUUUCACAGAACUGUUUGAACAUUUCAGGCUGUUCUUUGUUUGUGUGUUUCAGAUCCAUGCAUUCCUCUACGUUCUCCCUCUGUCCUGUCGUCUGGUGGCCGACCCAUUCUUUGCUGCCUAUUUAUCGAUUGCAUUCACCUGUGUAUUUAAAAGUUAUCCUAGUUAUGGGGACAUGGCACUUUGGGGGUCUAUGAUAUUUCUUUGGAGUCAUACUUUUAGACAUCUAAGAAGCAGUUUUUUAUCACUAAUUACACUAAUUGUGGCGACCAUCUUGGGCCCGGUUCUCUGGCACUUGUGGAUGUAUGCAGGAAGCGCCAAUGCCAACUUCUACUUCGCCUCAUCUCUCGCAAUAUCGGCCGCGCAAGUAUUUAUCAUCUUUGAUCUCCUAUUUGCCUACCAGAAGAGGAAGUUGGAGUUGAAGAUGGGUGUGAAACAGAAAGGCCCAGACGGAAAACCUGUCAAAUAUUAUCUUGAGUGAAUGAAUGAAUGAACGAUUGAUUGAUUUUUAGUUAAGUGAUUGAUUAUUUGAGUUGUUGAUUGAUUAAUUUUAUUGAUUGACCAGAGGAUUGACUGAUUUUUCAGUUUGUGUGUGUUUUUCAAAAUGUUAAAUACAAAAAACCAUUUGUAUAUUUUUGCCCGCCUACCUGAGAAAGUUUCAAAUAUCAUUCAAACUUUUUCAAUUUAUCUGUUUGUUGAUAUUAUUAAAUCACAUUCUUUCGCAUUUUUUUCUUAUUUAAUAAGUUGUUACCUGACGGAACAAAUAAACGAAUGAAUGAAUAAAUGAAAGAAUGAAUGAAUGAUUGAUCGAUCGUAGUCAUAGUUGAACAUUACUUUAUCACAUGCCGUCGUAUAAAGAAAAAAUUUUAUAGAAAAGACAAAUCGCAUCUUAGCAUCACUUACAUUAGGAGAAUCAAAAUAAAAGUUACAAUGAUGACUUUCAUCAUUUAAAUAUAUAAAUUCUUAUGUAUCUUUAUUUAAUAUAUGCAGCUGUGUACGUACGCACGCAUGUGUUAGACAGAAACCAUCGAAACGGCAAUAAUCCUUAUAUAAAUUCCUAUAAAAACUCGAAUUUAAUGACAACAAGCGAAAGAACCUUGAGUAAUAAUGGUACAAUUGUCACUUGCAUAAGUAUUAUUAAUAUUCGCAUGUUGUUGAACAGUCGUGAAUUGACAUUCGAGACUAAACUUUGCAUGGCAAAUGCAUUUUUCUAAAUUCAACGAAAGUUGUCUGAUUCUUAUGUAUAUAUAAAUAUACACAGGAUAUAACAGUUACAAAAGGACAUAAUGUUAAUGAAAAAAGCCAGUGAUGCGGAAUGAGUUAGUUGAGUUUUAUGAUAAACACGCUAAUAUAUAUAUAUAUAUAUAUAUACAUAAAUAUGUAUAUUUUUUGUGUGUAUGUAUGUAUAUACAUAGCUUAUCACACCUAAUAUUAAUAAUAUUGAAACAUAGAUGAUGAUGAUGGAAAUAAGAAACACAGCUUAACACCGGGUGAGCGGUUAACAUAAUGAUAAUGAACGCUAAUGACACUAGCAAUAAGUAUAUAUAAUAAGUAUAGCAUGAUCAUUGAUGUCAGGUUUAUAGUUAAACUUGAUUUGGUACGAAAUAUAAAAAGCAUUACGUAUGCGUAUCAAUGCCUAUCUGCCUACAAUGUCAAUAACUAACUUCCAGUUGAUAGUAUAUUAAAAAUAAAUUAAAAUAAUUAAAAGAUAAUCAUGUUAAGGUGUUUUCUGAAUAAAGAAUCUCGAAAAUUAUUACCGUUAAAUAAGAACAUUUGAACAAACUAAUUUUAACUCACUAGUUACUACAUAUAAAAAUAAAUACGACUGUGCUGGCAAAAAAUCGAAAACUAGGUAAAACCAUUGUGAAUAAUAUAUACAUAUAUAUAUAUAUAUAUACAGUAAAGAGCAAUUAGUAAGAUUGAACAAUAUAAUUAUGCGCAAAUAUGUGCAUAUUAAAGAGUUAGAUAUUUAUAUAGCUUACACACACAUACAUGCAU